AUGCAGAAGCUUCGCGAGCUCACCUGUUCGGACUGGACCCCGGAGCAGCCGCGGGUCUACAAUGGGACGGGUCGGUACCAGGGGGCCGACAUGCUGCAAACCUACGCGUCGGAUAUGCGACUAACAGGCUGGCCGCCAGAGCUCGUGGCAGCUGUGACAGAGAAGAUGUUCAACACCAUGCACGGCAUCGGUUGCGCUGGAGCUGUCGCGGCCAUGGUAGCCUACGAUCCGUUGGAUCUCGAUCCGUGGCAGUACGGGAACAUGUGCGAGGAGACCAGCGUGUACGGUUUCCGGCCAAUAUCGGCCAUCUGCCCAGUUGCUUGCGGUUGCCGAGAGACGCACGCGUUGCUCUGCCCGGCCACUUGCUAG